CAUGCUGUUUUUAAUUGUGCUUUAUCAAAUAAAUGGAAUGGAAUGGAAUGAAAGAAUCACAAAAAUGCAUUGGCCAACGCUAGAAUUAGGUGUUUCCAGUGUCAGUGUGCUGUGAUAGUGGGACAAGGGCAUGAUUGUGUUGUCAAUGGCGCUGACAGAGAUGCCCUAACUCGUCUGUGAGUCACGUCAUUCUGCUGACAAGUUGGACUUCAGGAGCUUGUCAGACAGGUAAAGCAGGCAUUAUUGGCUGAGGUGGAGUUACGCUGUAGCAGGCUCCUGUGACAGCUGUGGAAGAGAGGUGGGUCUGCUGGCGUACUCGAUUGCGAGAAGAGAAACAUGUCUCUGAAUCCGGCCAAGGGCCGAUGUGGACCAAAGGAACAACCAGUGAGAAGUCUCAGAGCCACAUUUUAGCACCUACAGCGGACUAGUUUUGUUGCUGGCCCUUGUCUCUGCGGGUGAGUAGUCUCUGAAAGCCUUCACUGCCCAGCCGCGGUGGACCUGGCUAAAGAACAGGACUGUCUGGCUUUGAAGAUGAUGUCUGAUGGAGAGUUGCUGCAUUCAGGAAACAUCUUUACACGAGGCUGUAGAACCAGAGCAAGUCUGCCUGCGGGUCACUCAAGUUACCAAACAAGAGACAGAUCAACAGGUGUGCUGUACCUGCAGUAUGGAGAUGAGAAGAAGCAGGUCAAGAUGCCUUCUGAAAUCAUCAGCUGGGAUAUGCUGUGGGCUCUGUUUGCCUCAGCAUUCCCCCAUCAGCUCACCAUCAAGAUGCUACAGUCUCCCAACAUGGCCGUCUGCAUCAAGGACUACAACCGCAAUGUGUACUGCAACCUGAAUGAUGCUAGAAAGAUUACACCUUAUUCUAGUCUGAAGGCUUAUCAGAAAGACCCAGCAUGUGUGUUCAACCACCAUGGCACCAGUGACUCCAGGAUUUCCAAAGACAUCCUCAGCCCGGUCCACAGUUUGUCCUCAUCUGGCCACAUCCCUCAACACAGUCUACAGGGAUCAGUGUCUACACCCAGGGUCACCCCACCCUUUUCCUCAUCCCGGAUAGCCUGUAGUGAGGGAGGGACUCGUGGAGACAACAGAGUGGUGGAACCAGGCAGCCCCACACUACCAAGUGAGCACCUGCCAGGGUUUGGAAGAUCCAGAGCUUCCCGAACCAGCACUAAUUCCAUCCGGCAGAGAAAAGACGUAAAACCUGAGGCAGAUACUGGCAGCACCACAAUGAUGUUGCAUGGAGAUGGAGGGCCACGGUACUCUGAGUGGAACGUAGGAGCAAGUCACGUCAGGAUCUCCUCCUCUCGGUGUAGCGCUCCGCCCAUCCUUACCUCAGAUGUUUCCAUUUCUGGGGUUCCUGGGAUCCCACGUGGUCUAAAACAAUACAAAGUCUCCAUCAAACCCUUAGUUGGUCAUGGGAAAGGCACAGAACGCCAAACCCAGUCUCUUCACAGGAGGAAGAGUAUGAAACAUGAAGAUGCUGAACUUCUUGGAAUUACAAGCUCAUCCCUUUCACCUCACAGAGUCAGUGAGAUUAGAAAGUUUGAUGGACAGAUGAUUGGAGGUGCAGGUCCAUUGUCUCCAGAGAGGAUGACUCCCAUUCGCUGCUACCCACGACAGGACAGCAAUGUGUUUCAAAUGGAGAACACAAACAGAAGCAGAGGUAGCCGCUCGUCAUCCUCAUCAUCAUCAGUAUUUAUGGAUGGUCCUUUGGUGCAACCUGAGACACAAGUCCUAACCCAGAUGACAGGAAGUAUCAUCCAAAGUGAGAGAAUGAACGCAAUGGAAGAGCAGAUAGCCAGCCUAGCAGGGCUGGUGCACCAUGCCCUCUCUGAGAAAUCCCACAUCCUUCAAGAUAAACUCAGGCAUCCUUCUGAAAACAACCAACUGGAAGCAGAGACUCAGAAGCCCACUGCUCUGGUUGGUAGUUCCAGUCCGACGCCCCCAGCCCCUCCAUCUGACCGUGAGUUGUGGCAGAGUUUGGUGACUGCAAAGAGAAAUGUGUUUGAACUCCGACUACAACUCAGUCAACUCAAGUGUUUACAGCUGUCCAACCUCGAUAAUAUUAGUUCAAUGCUGCGGAUGGUCAGCCAGGAGCUGAUGAUGCAGAUCCGAGAGAAGCUGGCCGACUCUGAGGAGGCAGCAUACAUCCAGAGAGCUGAGAUGGAGCAGAACAGGAUCCACUACCUCGCUACUGAGGAGAGAUUCCUCUCACAGCUCAGUGAACUGGAAGACCAGAUGGAGUGUUUACAAAGCUCUGCCUCCAGUCCCAUGAGACGGGCAUCAGUCACUCUAAAAGAUGUGGAGGAAGUAGAAGUACUUCUACAGCAGGUUGGACAGAAUCUGGCCGUCCUCAAAGGAGAAUUCCCCGUGCUGCAGGCCAACAUGUGUUCAGUGCUGAGGACGGAGGUGGAGGCAAUGCGGUUCCUGAAGGAGGAACCUCAUAAGAUGGACUCCAUGUCACAAAGGGUCAAAGUCCUGAGUGACGUUCUCAGCUUCCUUCGCGGGUCUCUGUUAGAGUCAGUUCCUUCAGCCAGAUCAGCGGAAGCAGACCCUCUGAAGGUCUUGGACCAGGAACCCUCAAAUCCCCAGAGCCUUUUCAGCUUUCCAAAACUCCAGUCUCUACAUUCAGUCAGAGCCCUCCUGCCCACUGUCGCCCAAUCCGUGGGCCAGGCUGGGGCAGCAGCCUCUGUGGUUCAGCCCUGCCUCGACCAACUCAGCCCUCCACCAACAUCUGCUCAUGGACAAGACUCACUCACCAUGGCUGAGGCUACACCCAAACAAACUCAAGAUGGUAGGUCGGACGUAGACAUCAGCGAUGCAAACUGGAACCAUUCCACUACCAACGCAGCCACCCAGUUACCUCUCCGUACCAGCACAGGCCAUAUCCAGCUCCUACAGGUGGACCAAACCAUGAAGACCAUCAUCCCUGAGUCAGAUGUCAAAGAGAGUUUCUGUCAUUCAACCUCAAGAUGGACUCGGUCAGAGCAGAACGCACCUCUGGGUGUGCCUGAGCCAGCAGAAAAGGAGCAACUGUCUCACAUCCAAGAAGAUAAAACUCUGCAGCCAAGAGAUGAUGUGAAAUCCUCCCAACGCAGCAAGUCAGAUACAGCUUGUCUGGUCACUUCAUCCCCGGAGCACGGCAGGCAGACACGAGUAGAGAAAACCCACAGCUCCAGUGAGAACAGUGACAGUGGGCUGAGUCGGGACACGUCUCCAGCGUGCUCCACAAGGUUGCAAGACAUCAUGUCAGACGUGAUUCCUCCUUCCCACAAAGAUCCUGCUGGAGCCGCGGUCUCUACAGAAAAGUUUGGUAGGACUCGUCCCCAUGGCAAAGUUACGAAAGAUGCAAAAGAAAAGGAGAGAUCUCCACCCGCUCAAGUGGCCAGUAGGAACUCCACACAGGGUCCCACGAUCAAACCCGUAACAGCAGGUGAACUGCAAGAUCUUCAUGGGGAUGGAAUAAGUGGAAGUCUUGAUGUCAAGAAAGAUGUGGAGGAGAGGGAGGCUGAACAAGGACCUUCCCUCGUCUGUAAAACGCAAGAGAAGCAGGAGAUGUCUUCUCUUGUAGCGUCAGAGGCAUUUCCUCAUCCCUCUGAACUUCUGAACAUGCAAGAGACAAUGGUUCCUACUGGCUCAGCUUCACAGCAGCAACAGGUUCUUUAUGUAAACAAUCGAUGUCAAACUGUCAAAAUCAAUGUUGAUCAGUCUCCAUCUCCAACCACGGCAGAAAAGAACGACAUUGUUGUGCUGCAAAAUGAACCGAAUCAAGGAACUGUCGCAGUUCGUGAACAGACAUUCAAAAAGUUUGGAAAGAAAUCACCAGCUGAGAAGUCUAGUCCAGGAGAACUGGCACACAAACAAGGAAAGUCCAAGUCCUGGACGAUAAGGCCAUCACACGUGGUGCAGCAGGACGAGACCCUGAGCUCCAGCGAGGACCAUGAAACAUCCUUCCCACCUUCGUCUCUGUCACCUCAGAACAGAGAGCAGCAAAUCCGGGAGGAAACGGUGCCGAUGUUUAGAGACCAGGCGCUGAUCAGUGAAGAGGGAGGCAGCUUCAGCCACAAUAUUUGGGACAUUGAAGAACCACCUCCUCCUCCACUGACUCACAGACUCGUCAUGACUAACAUCUGGUCAAAAUCUAACAUGGACGAUCCACACAACAGGCAGAACAGCAAAUGUGAGAACGGUGCUCUUGUUAAUAUGGGCCAUGAGAACUACGGUUUCGAGGACAGGGAUGAGUCCGACUCUGAACCUACGAUGGCUUUCUUCAACAUGCCUGUGGACCCUCCAUCACCCUACACGCCUCUGUCUACCAUCUUUGAGUAUGAAGAAGAUCUUGAAGUGACUUUGUGUCGGGAUGGAUUUUUAAAAGAGUCACAAUUUGAAGAGGAGCAACGUGCCGACCCUGAUUUAGGGUUACGCCUCGCUGACAUCUCAGGGAACGGCUCGAAUUUUCCACAGCACUCAGAACUGUGUGUUUCACACCCUCAAAACCAAGGCCAGGCUCACACAAACUGCUCCGCAAAGACCGAAGCAAAAAGCAAAUUCAAAUUUAAGUUUCCCAAACUGUCUGCACUCAGCCAGGCUAUUGGGAUGGGGACAAAGACGGCUGAAGCAGACAAAGAAAAGAAGGUGGCGUCAGAGUGCAGGUCAGUCGUGGAGACCAAGACUCAAAUAAAAGAAUGCAUGACCUCUGAGGUCAACGGCAGUAAAGAGCUCAGCGUGAGCAGGAGUAACUCCUGUAGCAAAGACACCCCUACAGACGCUAGGAUGUCUGAGUCGCACGCUCGGGUAGAAGCACUUUGCAAGAACGCGUUUAAAUCUAUCAGCAGCUUAGAAGAGUCCAUCAAGCAGCUGGAAAUCAGCAUGGACAAUAUGGCUGCCCCUUCUUCUCCUCUCCCUACAGUGGCUUCACCUUCUCAGGAUCAGAGGUUUUCCUUUGAUUCUACUGACAGGCAUACACCUAAAGGCAAAUCUAAACUAGAGGAGGAGAGAAGACACGCCACCCAGACGUCUGAAGACCCAAAUCCAGCUGAGAGGAAGCGAGCCAGAUCACAGCCGUCUCACAACUCAGGGAGAGUCGUCACCAAAAGACAGGCUUUUUAGUUCCAGUCUGAGCCUGAGGCCUCCCCUCCUCUCAUCCAGCUGUGUGAUAUAGCUUCCACACACUGACAUCACCUGGACCAGGCAGAGGCCUCACAGCAGCAACUAAGCUAACCUCAACCCAUCCACAUCCUCCUGAACAUCACUCAUCACCUUUUACCCUCAACUAUGGACCAGGGGCCAGUCUGUGGGAGUGCCACACCAUGAGCCAAUGUUUUCAUCCCAUCUUCAGUCUGGAACAGUGCAACCUUCCAGAAGCUGCAGACUAUAGACUACCAGGAGAGUGAAGUCUUUUCAUUUCCACUCCUAAGUUGUUUUUCUAAAGUUUCCUGUUUGAAAAAGCUGAAUAAGCGUGAGUUCAGAUGUUCUGAGGCCAAACUAUCGUGGUGCCGUUGUGAGUGAGCCUUUAGGGAAGCUAACAGCCACCAGAGGUUUGAGGGGUUUUACAUGUGUGUGUCUUUGAAUGUAUGAGAAAACAUCUGGUGGUAAAGGUGAAUAAAGGGGCGUGGCUCAGUGGGAGGAGCCUGUUCAGCUCAGGAUCCAUCUUUUUGUUGCUGGUUUAGUCUAGAGGGCUGAGUUCUCUGGUGAGUCAGGUCCUGAUGUAGACCUGACUCCUCAGAACAGAUAGGUCCUUCUGUGAAUAAGGAAGGGAUGGAAUCUGGGAUGGAUCUCCUUCUCCCCCGUCGGGGAGAACUCCAAGGUCAGAAAAUUCCAGGAUGUUCAAAAACCCAAUUUUGUAUAAAGUCCUUUCUUGCUUUACAGCAUUUCCCCUCUGAAUUCCUCUCUUGUUCAUAUUAACAACUCAUUUUUAUAUUACUUGAAACCAUUUAAUUAUGUUUGAUUUGGUAAGAGUUGUAAACUUUGUUUAUUGUAAAUCAAAAACUGAAAUCCAAUAAAUAUUUUUAUGUCA